CCCAGAUCCACAGACACGUGCUCUCUCUAGUGUCCUUGGAUUUGUGGAGCAAAUUGAGUGUUACCAGGUACUGCAGAACAACUCCACACCGGACCGAAACCUCCUCUCCACCGCGCAAGAAAUUGCAAAUGAGAUCAACCUACGUAACCUGCAGGUGAAGGUGAAUGAGGUGUACCAAGAAAUCAUGGGGACAUUUGCUAAGAAGGAAGGUUUGUUCCGUAUGAAUAUGAUGGGGAAGCGUGUGAAUCAGGCCUGUCGCUCCGUCAUCUCCCCGGAUUUAAUGGUGGAGCCGAACGAAGUCUUGCUGCCCCGACCAUUUGCCCGAAAUUUGUCUUUUCCUGAACAAGUGACAUUUUACGCCUCUGCCCGCAUGAAUCUUUUGAAGCGUUGCGUCAUCAACGGGCCGCGUCGCUACCCCGGUGCCACUCAUCUUGAGAUUCGACAAACGAAUGGAGAAAUUCGAUUUAUUGAGCUUGACGUGCCUGAGCAAACACGGCGGCAACACGCUGCCAAGUACUUUGCCAUGGCGCAAAGUGGCGUCACACUGAUUGUGUACCGUCAUAUCUUGGAUGGCGACCGGGUGGUGUUUAACCGUCAACCGACAUUGCACAAGCCAAGUAUGAUGGGGUACCAAGUCAAGGUGCUUUCUGGACACAAGACAAUUCGCUUUCAUUACGUGAAUGGCAACUCCUUUAAUGCCGAUUUUGACGGCGAUGAGAUGAAUAUUCACGUCCCGCAGAGCCUGGAGGCGAAGGUGGAAUUAGACGUCCUGAUGGAUGCCAAUCUGAACUACCUCGUCCCCACCUCCGGGAAACCGAUUCGGGGACUUAUUCAGGAUCAUAUUGCGGCUGGUGUCCUGUUAACAUUGCGUGACAAGUUUCUUGAGCAUGCCACCUUUGUUCAACUUACUUACUAUGGGCUGGCACCCUACUUGCGCCAGCAACACGAAAUCACACUUUCUGAGCUUAUUCCUCUGCCGGCGAUCUUAUGGCCCCGGCCACUCUGGACAGGGAAACA